AUGACACUUGGCAGGGUGUCUAAGCAACGAUUGCAGAUGAUGAGAGACUAUGAAUGGGAAGCUCUAUUGACUGAGGUAUCCUCAUUCUGUAGCAAACAUGAUAUUCCUAUCUUGAACAUGGAUGAAAUAUUUGUAAUUGGUUUGAGGCCACGACGCAGCGCCCCACAAAUUACAAAUUUACAUCACUAUCAUGUUGAUCUAUUCUAUGAACUCAUAGAUUUGCAACUUCAAGAGCUUAACAAUCAUUUUCCAGAGGCGACUACUGAGUUGCUACUUUGUAUGACUUGCUUGAAUCCAAGUGAUUCGUUUUUGGCUUUUGAUAUAAAAAAAUUGUCAUGUCUUGCAAAUUUCUAUCCAUCUGAUUUUUAUGAGACAGAUGUAUUGGCAUUUGAUAAUCAGUUUCAAACUUACAUUGUUGAUAUACACUCCAAUGAUGAGUUUUUAGAGCUUAAAGGAAUUGGGGACCUUGCUAGAAAGAUGGUGGAGACAAAUAAGAAUGUUAUAUAUCCACUAGUAUAUUUUCUUGUAAAGUUAGUUUUGACUCUUCUUGUUGUGACUACAACAAUGAAAAGGAGUUUUUCAGCAAUGAAAUAUAUCAAGAAUGAACUACACAAUCGAAUGGGGGAUUAG